UCCUCUCAGCUGCAGGUGCGUCUUGUAGCACGCUUCUAGAACCUCUUGCGAGAGUGUUAUCUCGUUCUGACUUCGCACUUCUCCUCACCAUAAAAGGAGACACUUUCUUUUCAUUAACCACAGCACUUAUAUCAUCCCUCCAGCACAAUAGCUUCGCUCCAAAGCUACAGAUCUAUCUUCAUUGUUGUCCUUCUCGCAGUCAUAGCUCCUUUGCUACCCUACUUCGUCAAUCUGCCGUCCUUAUCACAUCUAUUCCGCUCAGUAGCGACCCCGUUGCAAAGAAGAGGACUCAAUAUGGCGUGGCGGUCCAGUGGCGUUUCCAAUGCGGAUUUGGUCGAGCGGCUGCACCAGGCCGGCUUGAUCGAGGACGACAGGAUUAAGGACGCCAUGUUGAAGGUCGACCGCGCCCACUUUGCUCCGUCGUACCCUUACCAGGACUCUCCACAACCCAUCGGCCACCACGCCACCAUCUCCGCACCCCACAUGCACGCCUCGGCCUGCUCCUCUCUGUUCCCUUUCCUCUACCCAGGCGCCAAGGUCCUUGACAUCGGCUCCGGCAGCGGAUACCUCACCGCCGUAUUCGCCAACCUCGUCGGACCCGAGGGCCGCGUCAUCGGCGUCGACCAUAUCGAACCGCUCGUCACUUUGUCCGUGAACAACAUGCGCAAAUCCGAAGCCGGAAGACGCAUGCUGGACUCCGGUAACGUGCGGUUGGUGACGGCCGACGGGCGCAAAGGGUUCCCGGAGGAAGCACCGUAUGAUGCCAUUCAUGUCGGGGCUGCGGCGGCCAAGCACCAUGAGGAGUUGGAGGCGCAGUUGAAAGCGCCGGGGAGGAUGUUUGUGCCGGUUGAGGAGGGCUGGUCGCAGUAUAUCUUCGUGGUGGACAAGGAUAAGGAUGGGAACAUCACGCGGAAGAGGCAGUAUGGCGUGCAGUAUGUGCCAUUGUGCGAUCAUCCGGAUGCUCCUAAGAGGAAGGAUUCGAAGCAUCAGUAGAGUCGAACUUGAUCGAUUCACUUGCAGGCUUUGAUGGCGGAGUCAGGGCUAGGGCCGUGUAUACUGUACGGGGUUUGAGCGGUAUGGAAAGGGGUUGGAGAGCUUAAGGACGACAUACGGACUAUGGUUUAGGCGUUUUAGGUAAUCGGCUGGCGUUAUGGACAGCUUGAAUUGACUUUCCAUUUGAACAUCUCAAC